CUGCCUGGCAGCGCUGCCCUGGUGUGUGCGGCGCGGCCUCUCUACGUCUCCUUGCAGUGGGACAGCACAACACCAUAUGGCAAAGUGAAAGUUAGGGCUCUGGGCUGGUGAAGUUUAGUCGUUAGGAAGUGGACCAGCGCGCGGUGCCCUGCCUAGCACGAGGCGGGGUGGGGGGUAGCCGCCUUGCGCUCCAAAAUGCCCAGACGGGACAGCAGCAGUGACAGUGAUUCCAGCUCAUCCAGUAGCAGCAGUGGCAGCAGCAACAGCUCUUCCAGCAGCAGUUCAAGCAGUUCAAGUGGAAGCAGCAGCAGCAGUAGUAGUAGCAGCAGUAGUAGCAGUAGCAGGAGUUCUUCUUCAAGUCCUCAGGAUAAAAGAGGCAGAUCACCAAGGAAUACCAGCAGGAGAAAAGAGGAAAGACACUUUGAGAGAAAAGACAGAAUUUUCUCACAUGGGGACCAUCGGAUGAGAAUAUCAGAGCGUGAAAGAAGGGAUGAAAAGCCUGCCAUCAGGGAAGAGAGAAGCUCAAAUAUCAAACAAUCAGGCCGGUCCAGGGAUAGAGGGCCAGAGAGUGACAAAAGACGACGCUCUCCGGAGAGUUCUUGGAAAGAACCUUCAAGAAGCCGUAGUCCUCAGGAGAUAAGGCGACGGUACAGUCCAGAUUCAAGAAGCAAAAUUGGGGAUGAUAGGAAUAGAAGACACAGAAGAAAAUCUAGUAGUCCUUCUCCUAGACAUCAAAGGAGGGAAUACAGGUCCAGUUCCAGAAGUCCUCAUCGGUUAUCAAGGAAGGAGGGUAUGACUUCAAAGUUUAGUAGAUCAGAAAAAUUUGAUAGCUACAAAAGAAGUCCAGAGAGUCGGGACAAGAGAAUAUUCAAGGACACUCAUCCAGCAAGUAACAAGAGUUCUUCACAGCUAGAAGAAAGUUCACGUCGAGCGCAAACUAGAAACUAUAGUCCUUCGAGGUCAAGGCAGUUUCAUUCUCGUCUUGAAUCAAGAGAGAAAAGCAGAGAUGGCAGAAAUCCAAGGUCAGACAGCUCAUCUCGUAGCCCACAAAUAGAAGAUUUAAAAAGUUCAAAGAGUCCUGAUUCACAUUGUUCAAAUCUAAGACAUGACUCCCAAAGAUACAGUAAAGUAGUUGAGUCUGACUUGGGGAGAAGGAAAGAAGAAUGUAUUGUUACACAAGGGAGAGGGAAUACUUCUGAAAGUCCAGAUAGCAAUGAGCCAAGCAUUCGAUCACCAAGUUAUAGAAAGCAAUCACAGACUGCAGUAAGCUCUGUUAGAGAAUGUUCCAGAAACAAUAGCCCUGAUGAAAGUACAAAGCAAAAAUCUCCAAGUCCCUCUUCAAGAAGUAGAGCUGAUGAAAGUGAAUGUACUCCUCGAGCACAGCAACAAAAAAUGGAUGGUUCACCCUGUUCAAGUGAAAGAGAACUGCAGAAAUCAGGGUCUGAAAGUCCCAGAUCAUCCCAUAGUGAAAUCCCUGAUUUUCAAAACAGAAUAGUUCUACCAGAUAGUCGAGAAGAAAGUAAAACUUCUACAGAGCAGGAAAAAGACAACCAAAAACCAAGUCCUGAUCGAGGGAAGGAAAAUUGGCCUGAAAGUAUUCAUUCCACAAGCAAAAGGACUCUGUCCUGCUCUGCCACAAGUUCUGGGAAAGAUCUACCUGCAAAUCUGAGUAAUGAUGAUUCAAAAUGUCAAGACCUUGAUUUGGGGGAGAGCAAAAAAGAUAGAAGUAGAAACUCUUCUAAAAGUUCAAGACGAAGAUCAUCUAGCACCUCAUCAUCAUCGUCAUCCUCAUCGUCCUCCUCUACUACCUCUUCCUCAUCGUCAUCAUCAUCCACAUCAUCUUCAUCAACAUCCAGUGAAGAAGAGAAUAAUGAUAAACCAAGCUCUGACUUAGAACAGCCUACGUCACUGCGCAAGCAUGAGAAGAAAGGAUCUAAUUCAGAGACUUCACCACUGCACACAAAUGCAAAUAGUGAGAGAGGAAGUCCAGAUGGUAAGGAAGAGAAGAGGUUUCAGGACUUGGAGUCAUCGAAUGAAAAAAGGAUGCUUUGUCUUGCAGACAGCACUAGGAAGAUCCCUUCUCGAAGUCAUAGCCCUUUAGAAGAGCAUUCCCAGUGUCCAACUUCAUGUGAUACCUUAUAUGGAAAUUUGAUAUCUGCUAAUGAAAUGCAUAGUCCUGAUGGAGUAUCUUCAAGUGAAAAGAAACCUGAUUAUAAAACUGAUUCAGACACGUCAGUAUCUUCUCCAGUUAGGGUUACACCCAGUUCUCAAAAAAGUAGAAAGUCUCUGUCAGAUACAGAAAGAAUAGAUGAAAGGAGCUGUCAGAAAGUAAGUCCUGAGAAUAAGGAACCAGACAGUACUUUGUCAUCUGAUCCAACAGAUGACAAGAACCUGCAUGCCAUAGAAAGCUCUGAGAUAGAAAAUUCAAAUAUCCAGAGCCCACAUAUAUCGAGUCAAAGACAGCAGAGCCCCAUUUUGGACAGCGGAGAUGGAAAGGAACAAACUAAUCUUCAGAAAAAGAGGCAAAGGUCAUCAUCCUCUGAGAGGAUGGUUGGUUCUGGGUCUGGAUCUGAGUCUCCUCGGGAACCUCCUCAUAAAAUAACAUUGAAAUCUAGCAGUCCUGUUUCUGGUUUGAAGAAGGCGUCAGGAUUUUCUCUUUCAGUUUCAUCACAAGAGCAAGAACAGGAAGAAAAUGAAAGCAAAAGACCAAGCGACAUGUCAGGUACAGAAAUGGCUGAGACCACUCAAAAGGACGAUGGUGAGACCAUUCCUACCAGUGAAGGCACCAGUAAUUUGGAGAAACCUGUGAAUACAGAGGAUGGGGCGAUUUCAGGGAGUUCAGAUAGCGAGGAGAGUGCAGCCAGCAGUGGUACAGCUGUCCAAAAAAUGAAAAGCAGCGUUGUACAAAUUCAGCUCAACUCAAGUCAGGAGAGGCAAGGCAGCCACAGUCCAAGUCAAAUAAGCUCUUCUCCUGAGCACAGACGUAAAGGUCUUCUAAAGUCACGGUCAAGAUCGCCAAGGGAUUAUUCUGACAGGAAUGCCUGUGACAGAGGACCAUCGAGUAAUGGCAGAUAUAAUGAUAAAAAUUCACAACCUAGAGAUAGAGGCAAAGAGAAAAAAAUGAACAUAGACUGUGAAUCUGAUCACAGGAAGAGACCAAAAUCACCAUCGCCUAUAACAAGAAGUGAGGAAGAAACUGCCAUCCAGAGCUCUUCUGAGCCACCAAUGAAAAAGAAAAAGGCAGAGUUGGACCCUAUAUUAACACGGACAGGUGGAGCAUACAUUCCUCCUGCCCGGCUUAGGAUGAUGCAAGAUCAAAUUGCUGACAAAAGCAGUUUGGCAUACCAGCGAAUGAGCUGGGAAGCUCUAAAGAAGUCAAUUAAUGGUCUCAUCAACAAAGUGAAUGUCUCAAACAUAGCUAACAUUAUUCAUGAACUUCUUCAAGAAAAUAUUGUUCGGGGAAGGGGAUUGGUUUCUAGGUUUGUUAUACAGGCACAGACUGCUUCUCCCAUAUUUACACACGUUUAUGCUGCUCUUGUGGCAAUUAUAAAUUCUAAGUUCCCUCAAAUUGGGGAGCUAAUUCUCAAGAGAUUGAUCCUUAAUUUUCGUAAAGGUUAUCGCAGAAAUGAUAAGCAACUGUGCCUUUCAGCCUGCAAGUUUGUAGGUCAUCUUGUUAAUCAGAAUGUUGCCCAUGAAGUGCUUUCUUUGGAAAUGCUCACAUUAUUGCUCGAGCGGCCCACAGAUGACAGUGUUGAAGUGUCAAUUGCCUUUCUGAAGGAAUGCGGAAUGAAGCUAACAGAGGUUUCUCCUCGAGGCAUUAAUGCAAUAUUUGAACGCCUUCGCAAUAUCCUUCAUGAAUCUCAGAUUGAUAAGCGCGUCCAGUACAUGAUUGAAGUGAUGUUUGCAAUUCGAAAAGAUGGAUUUAAGGAUCACCCCAUUAUACCUGAAGGUCUUGAUCUAGUUGAGGAGGAGGAUCAAUUUACUCAUAUGCUUCCUUUGGAAGAUGAAUAUAAUCCUGAAGAUGUGCUAAAUGUCUUCAAGAUGGAUUCAGAUUUCCUUGAUAAUGAACAGAAGUACAAAGAUCUAAAAAGAGAAAUCCUUGAUGAAGGUAGCAGUGACUCUGCGUCUGGUGAUGAAGAAGCUGGUGGUGAUGAUGAUGAUAGUGAUAAUGACAAUGAUGAGGAUGGCGAUGAGGAAGAAGGGGAAAAGAAACUAACUAUACAUGACAAAACUGAAGUAAAUCUGGUUUCAUUUCGUCGUACUAUUUAUCUUGCUAUCCAAUCAAGUUUGGACUUUGAAGAAUGUGCUCAUAAAUUAUUGAAGAUGGAAUUUCCUGAAAGUCAAACUAAAGAAUUAUGCAAUAUGAUUCUGGAUUGUUGUGCACAACAGAGAACAUACGAGAAAUUUUUUGGUCUCUUGGCUGGGCGCUUUUGUAUGUUGAAGAAGGACUACAUGGAGGCUUUUGAAGGAAUAUUCAAGGAGCAAUAUGAAACUAUACAUCGCUUAGAAACAAACAAGCUACGCAAUGUAGCGAAGAUGUUUGCACAUCUCUUGUACACAGACUCAAUUCCAUGGAGUGUUCUUGAUUGUAUCCAUUUAAGUGAAGAAACAACAACAUCUUCCAGCAGAAUCUUUGUGAAGAUCCUUUUUCAAGAGCUUUGUGAAUAUAUGGGUCUUCCCAAACUAAAUCAAAGGCUACAGGACAUGACUUUACAGCCUUUCUUUGAAGGUCUCUUUCCCAGGGAUAAUCCACGCAACACACGAUUUGCUAUCAAUUUCUUUACCUCUAUUGGCCUUGGAGGACUAACAGAUGAAUUACGAGAACAUUUGAAAAAUGCACCAAAAAUAAUAAUGACCCAGCGGCAGGAUGUUGAAUCAUCAGAUUCUUCCUCAUCAUCCUCUUCCUCCUCUGAUUCAGAUUCAGAUUCUUCCACUGAUUCAGGAUCUGAAAGUAGCAGUAGCAGCAGUAGUGACAGUGAUAGCAGUUCUGGAUCAUCUAGUGGCAGUGACUCCUCAUCCUCCAGCAGCAGCAGUGGCUCAGAUGAUUUAAAUUCAAAGAGCAAGAAGGUACAAAACAAAAAGAAAGAGCAAGAAAAGGUGGACAGUAGAAGACGACCAAGUGAGAGAGAACGAUCUAGAAAAGAGCCAGAAAGCAGAUAUUGUGGCAGCAGUGAGGAGCAGGAAAGUAAACUAGACAGAAAUAGUAGCAGAACUUACAGACAAUCCAGAGAGAGAAGAGAUGAAUCAGCUAGGUAUGAUAGAGAAGAGACACAUGAUCGAGAUCGGAAACGUGACCGGGACAGGGAUCGGGACAGAAACAGAGACUUCACAGAUAAACGUGCUGAAUGCAGAAAAGAUGAUACAAGAAACCAUUCUCGCUCUGAAAAUGACCGAAACAGCUCCAGGAGCAAAGAUGGCAAUGAUCACUACAGUCGAAGAAGAGAAAAGUCGAAAUCUAAAGAGAGAAGUCGCAAAGAAAUGACCGCAAGAAACAGUGAGGAGGACCGCCCAAAAAAUGGUGUGGAUAAACGAUCUGGAAAACAGGACCGUCAGGAGAGCAGAUAUUCCGAGCGCUGUAAGGAUUACAGAAAGGAUGAAGACAGGUGGAGAGAAAGUUCCCCAAGAAGACACUAAAUAACAUUUAUAGUGCUGUUAUUUGGAAAAAACUGCAUUGCCAAAGCUCUUGGGGCAGUACCAAUGCCACAGCUAAAGGAGAAGGAACCACGUCUUGCAAAGAACUGCUGAUCUGUACGUAGUUUCCACUGGAACCUUACAAACUGCUAUUUCCAGUUGUCAUCUUUUGUAAUUAAUAAAAAUCUGCAUUUCAAACAAAUUCUGAGGAAAUACCUUCGAGCAAUGUUUCCUUUUGGACAAAUCUGAAAGAUGUGCAGAUUUAUUUUGUGGACAGUGAUAUCUUUGAUAAUGCAUUUAUAGAGGAUUUGACAUUCUCUUGUUUCAUGUAAAUGUUUUGUUUGUCGAUUCAAAUAAAAAUCGUGCAGAUA